AUGGCCAAGGGUAGACAGCUGAUCUCUCUUCUCUACCCUUUCUUUCUUGCAGCGUUGGUCCUGAACUGCCAUGGUUAUGAACAGCAGAGAAAGGCUCAUGUUGUGUACAUGGGAGAUCUUCCAAAGGGAGAUGCAUCAGUUGCUUCGACACACCACAACAUGCUAGUCGAGGUCCUUGGCAGUUCAUCUUUGGCAAAGGAAUCGCUCCUUCACAGUUAUGGACGGAGCUUUAACGGAUUUGUGGCCAGACUAUCAGACGAAGAAGUGGCAAGAAUUGCUGAUAUGGAGGGAGUAGUUUCAGUGUUUCCCAACACCAAAGUGCAACUUCACACUACAAGAUCAUGGGAUUUUAUGAGCUUUCCAGAACCCCCUAUGGGGUCUUAUGAAGGAGAUGUUAUCAUUGGAAUGCUAGACACAGGAAUUUGGCCGGAGAGCGCGAGUUUCAGGGAUGAAGGAUUUGGUCCCCCACCUGCAAAAUGGAAAGGGAUAUGCCAGACAGAAAAUAACUUCACCUGCAACAACAAGAUCAUAGGAGCGCGCUUCUAUGAUACUGACAAUUUGGCCGACCCUCUCCGUGAUACCAAAUCACCAAGGGACACAUUGGGACAUGGGAGUCACACUGCCUCAACUGCAGCAGGGCGAGCAGUGGAAAACGCAAGCUACUACGGGAUAGCCAGCGGUGUUGCAAGAGGCGGAGUUCCAAAUGCAAGGCUGGCCGUGUAUAAAGUAUGCUGGGGAGGAGGUUGCAGCCCUGCAGACAUUCUAGCUGCUUUUGAUGAUGCAAUAGCCGAUGGAGUCGACAUUUUAUCAAUUUCCCUGGGUUCUGAAAUGCCAGCCGCGUACAACAAGGAACCAGUGGCUAUUGGGUCUUUCCAUGCCAUGAAAAAUGGAAUUUUGACCUCUUGUUCUGCAGGAAAUAAGGGGCCAUACCGGAGACAAAUUUCAAACUAUGCCCCUUGGGCUUUAACAGUGGCUGCUAGCACCAUUGACAGGAGCUUUGUUACCAAAGUGGUGCUUGGCAAUGGACAAACAAUUCUUGGAACUUCGCUCAAUAAUUUCCAUCUGGAUGGCACUUCAUUCCCCUUGGUGUACUCGGGAGAUGCAGCAAAUAUAACCUCAGCUAUGAGCCCAGACAUCGCAGGCAUCUGCUUCCCAGGAACUCUAAGCACACUCAAAACCAGAGGAGCAGUUGUCCUCUGCAAUAUCCUCUCUGAUAGUUCGGGUGCCUUUUCUGCUGAGGCUGUAGGCCUCAUAAUGGCCUCACCAUUUGAUGAAAUAGCCUUUGCGUUCCCUGUACCAGCAGUGGUGAUCAGCUAUGAUGACCGAUUGAAGCUAAUUGACUACAUCAGAACGACAGAAUAUCCAACUGCAACUAUUCUUUCCACUGAGACAACAACAGAUGUCAUGGCUCCUACAGUUGUCUCCUUCUCCUCAAGAGGUCCUAACCCUAUUAGUCCAGAUAUUCUCAAGCCUGAUGUAACUGCCCCUGGUUCAAACAUCCUUGCGGCCUGGUCUCCCCGUGGACUCUCUUCAGUAUGGGUGUUCGAUGAUAGGCAAGUUGACUACUACAUCAUCUCCGGCACAUCUAUGUCUUGCCCUCAUGUCACUGGUGCUGCAGCAUAUAUCAAGGCCACCCACCCAACAUGGUCUGCUGCUGCUAUCAAGUCUGCCCUCAUGACUACAGCUACAAUCAUGGACCCAAGGAAGAAUGAAGACGCUGAAUUUGCCUAUGGAUCUGGGCACAUCAACCCACUGAAGGCAGUGGACCCUGGGCUAGUCUUUGAUGCAAGUGAAGCAGAUUAUGUGGAUUUCCUAUGCAAACAGGGUUACAACACAACCCAUCUAAGAAUGAUCACUGGGGACUCUAGCGUUUGUCCAAGUAAUGAACCAGGGAAAGCAUGGGAUCUCAACUAUCCAUCAUUUGGUCUCUCAUUGCUAGAUGGAGAGCCAGUCCAGGCCAGCUACCUCAGGACUGUAACCAAUGUUGGGUCACCCAACUCCACUUAUCAUUCAAACAUAACGAUGCCACCUUCUUUUGCUGUACUUGUGGAACCACCAGUUCUAACAUUUUCAGAGGUUGGGGAGAAGAAAUCAUUCAAAGUGAUCAUAACUGGAUCGCCAAUAGUUCAGGUGCCUGUCAUCUCAGGAGCUAUUGAAUGGACAGAUGGUAAUCAUGUAGUAAGAACCCCCAUAGCAGUCUUCAACAACAAACCUUACGUGUUUGCACCUUUGGAUGACUACCCGGGAAAGAAGAACUCUCAUCCAUUCCAAGGUUCCACUAUCUACCACCAGAAUGGAAUUUUUGAUGCCGUUAAAUUCUAGUCUAGAAGCUAAGUGUUCCUU